CCUUUCAGUCGCGCUGCUUGCGGCUCAAAAACAACUGCUAGCCUAGCUCCAAAUGGCGGAAAAAAAAGCCAGGCGGCCGGCGCCUCGCGCGAGCUAGCGUAGUGCGACACUAGCAAGCGCAGUCCAGCCCUCCUAGCUAAAGGAGGGUCCUGCCGCCCCCGGGGAAUGGUAGUCGUCGCAAAUUAAAAUCGAAAUUCGCACGGGCUUGCAGCUCGGUGCUAAAGGCUGUGCUUCCGUGCGCAGCAGAGGCAGCCCCAACAACUAAAUGGCUCCUUCAGUGAGUCGUUCGGUGGUCUGGCAAGCCUUUUAGCACCUUCCCGCUACUCGCCGCGGUCUGUGGAGCGGCAUGUGGCCCAAAACACUAUGGAUUAUGCUAGCGGCAACCAACACACUAGGCAAACCAUUUGUGAGUUUGGUCCGAAGGCCCCUCCUGCGCCAGCGCAGCACCGUGCGCCAGCGACGCGCACACGCCGGCGUGGUACACCAAAGCACCAGCUGCCUUGAAAUUUACAGCGUCGGGCUGCACUUGCGCAGCACCAGGGGCCUUUUUACCUCCGCUGCGCCAGCACGUCAUCAGAGACGCUUACCGGUCAGAAGAAGGACACGUCCGGCGACGACACACCGGAGAGGCCCACCGCGAGGCCCGCGGCGCUGGCCCCCUGCCCCCAGAGAGCUUCUGGGAGGACGCGCCCCUCGAUAACAGGAGGCUCGACAUAACGCCACGCCCGCGCGCAGGUCGGGUCGUACCUUCGAGGACAGCAUCGUGGUCGUCGCGAACAGUGCGUAAAUCAAAAAGAGGAGGCGCCUUCGACGUUUUAGCUUUAGUGGUGAUCGAGAGCCGCGCGGGUGCGGCAGCGGCAAAGGCGCUGCUCGGCGAAGCGUCGCUCCUGGGCGUACACGCGGCGCUCGCUCGGCGCCGCGAGCCGGUGCGUCGAGGGCGUGGCGCCGCGCGCCGACGACCUGGGCCAGGCCGCCGUCCGGCAGCGCCGGCGCCGCCGCGGACCGGCGCUGCGCGUCGCGUCGCUGGCCCUACGCGUCGUGCCGGCGGGCCUGCGCGAGGCGGCGCGUCGUGGGCGUGGCGCUGGCGCCGCGCGCCGACGACCUGGGCCAGGCCGCCGUCCGGCAGCGCCGGCGCCGCCGCGGACCGGCGCUGCGCGUCGCGUCGCUGGCCCUACGCGUCGUGCCGGCGGGCCUGCGCGAGGCGGCGCGUCGUGGGCGUGGCGCUGGCGCCGCGCGCCGACGACCUGGGCCAGGCCGCCGUCCGGCAGCGCCGGCGCCGCCGCGGACCGGCGCUGCGCGUCGCGUCGCUGGCCCUACGCGUCGUGCCGGCGGGCCUGCGCGAGGCGGCGCGUCGUGGGCGUGGCGCUGGCGCCGCGCGCCGACGACCUGGGCCAGGCCGCCGUCCGGCAGCGCCCGGCGCCGCCGCGGACCGGCGCUGCGCGUCGCGUCGCUGGCCCUACGCGUCGUGCCGGCGGGCCUGCGCGAGGCGGCGCGUCGUGGGCGUGGCGCUGGCGCCGCGCGCCGACGGCCUGGGCCAGGCCGCCGUCCGGCAGCGCCGGCGCCGCCGCGGACCGGCGCUGCGCGUCGCGUCGCUGGCCCUACGCGUCGUGCCGGCGGGCCUGCGUGAGGCGGCGCGUCGUGGGCGUGGCGCUGGCGCCGCGCGCCGACGACCUGGGCCAGGCCGCCGUCGGGCCGAUCGUCUUGAACGCCUACUACAAGUGGACGCGAAGACGAGCGCCACAACGAGGUACUCGUGAGAGGUUUGAGAGGAGGGCGUGUGCUUCACGUACUACUGAUGGACGUUUCGAGAGCUGACGUGUGAGAUGGUUCGAGAACGCCCACAAAUGCGACCGUCACCGCGCAGGCCUUCGACUGCUCUCUACUUCAAGAGCAAGGGGUGCCCUACCAAGACACGCGCUGCGUGCGUGUAGACGGACUGCGGGCCCAAGCAAGAUGGGCGUCACGGGUUCGAGAGUCGAAACGCCGUCCGAAGAAGUGCUCAUGAAGUUAAGCGGCUGCUCGCGCGACCACUUUACACGGACGAACGAAGCUCUGGUCUCCGAGGUGAUCUGGACCGAAACCAGCCGGGACCCGAGAACACCUCUAGUCGUAACCUUCAUCAACCGGCCGCGCCCCUCUGGCAAGGCAGUCCGCAACCGGCCACCACCCCCUGAAGGCACGCGAAGGACGUGUCCGUGGCCCGCGACACAACCUGUACCUCCGGAUUUUUCCGAGCGAGCAGGCGGACGCGAAGGCCUGCGUGCUGUGCUAGCGGGAGAAACGCAAUUAAAUCGUGGCCUCUUGAAAAACAUCUCUAAAUUCUUGACACAUCCGCACAUGCCGGCAAAGAAGACCGCGGAGCCCUGGUACGUCGCGAUGUAUCGGAGGCUCUGGGGCUACGAGCGCGCGUCCUUGAUUGAUCCGGAUCAUGAAGCUUUACGAGAGAAAGGCAACACCCCGAUUAUAUCAAAUCUGCCACCGGCCGUCAAUUCAAAGAUACAAGUGCACACGUACAGCGCCGGCGCGUGCGAUGACGAGGCGGCUCGCAAGCUCGCGGCGGAGCUCGCGGCGGAUCCCGCUGCGGACGCCUUAAAGGAGGCGUACGCACGCGAGCAGGCCGCGGUGGUAGGGCAGCCCGAGUGGUUCGACGCGGUUGUGCUUGGGUGUACUCGAAACGGCGUGCUCGAAGACGGUGUGCUGGAAGUCUGCUACGAGAGUGAUGGUUCUUUGGACUACAUCAAGUGGCCUGACGAGAAAGCAGACAUCAAAGUCGUCGAGGCCGCUGCCGGCCCCGUUGGCCAGGAGUGGUGCGAAGUACCCAUGAACUCCGAUUAUCAACGCGUCGCCGUCGCGUGUGGUAAAGCGUUCGGAGAUGUUUUCUACCCCCAGCUCGAGCCAGACGAGGCCCAUCUCAAACCGAUUCGAUAUGCAAACCUUUCGUACAUCCAUCGAAAGGGGAAUUGGAAAAAAAACUAUCCAGUGGAACUACUCCCGUGGCCGCUGCCCGUCCACAAAAAUUCCGGAGGUAGAAGCCUGAUCCAGCCCGUCGACUGCAGUGCAGUAUUCAAUGUUCAAAAAAGAGGGCCACGCCAUCGACGCGACGUUGUCCGUAACCUGAGUCACUGGUUGAUGUCCACACAGUUCGAUCCAUUUGCGUGGCGGCCCGAUGGCGUGCGCACGCCGGGAUGUUCGCUGCACACAUAUCUCGACAUGUGCACGAUACCGUUAUUGGGGGCGGGCGUGCUAGAGGAGACCAACUGGAACACGGCCUUCGGCUCAAAGCCCGAUGAGACGCAUGAGUACGAGGGUCCCCGCCACUCGCGAAGCUUCGUCGUGCACGGUGAGAUCUGGGAUCGGCUGCUCGACGAUCCUUCUAUAGAUGAGCGCGUCCGCAAGUGCUUCAAGGCGCUCCCCGAAGGACCGCCCAAGGAACUCGUCCGCAUUGCGCUCACGCUCCGCUCCGGGACCGCCGAGAGCGUCGGCUGGUGCGUGUGCAUCACUGGUUUUAAGUUUGCGCAAUUCCUCGCGAUCGAACAUUAUGGCAUCGACGUUAUGGAUCUGCGUGACGCGCUCUUCUGGCUCAAUCGUACGUUUGGCAGCACCGAGGUCACGUGCGGCGAGCAGGGCUUUGUGAGCAUUGCGCUGGAAUGGUACGCCUUCCAGUCGCGGCGCGUGUCGACGAAGAAGCUCUACCUGGACAGUGAGUGCCGGCGCCGCCCGCUCUACCUGGCGAUGUCUCGAGAUGUCGAAAGCGGCACGCUGCUGUACGAGAAGCUGCCCGACGGCACAGUGCGCUGCUACAGGAGCAGUUCAGGCUUCCAGGCAUCUAAGUACGGCUACCGCUUUGACGAAUGGGUCGUCAUGCCGGUGCCGUCCUGGGUCACGGAGCCUAACAUCGGCAUCGCUUGCCCGCUCCACCCGCCCGAGUGCCACUUGGCCGAGCGCCUCGAGCGCUUCGGCCUAGAGCGCUGCAUCUCUGUAUGGCCUGGAGAUAAGUGUAUACAUGUCUUCGAGAAGCUCCGCAAGCGCAUGGGCGCUAGGGCUUACGAGAAGUCCAAAACCUUCUUCGUCGUCGUCCGGCACAUCAUCAGCGGCCUUACCGGCCGGCGCGGUGUUGUCAUUUUCAAUAGAGAAAAAGUCGUGUUCGCAUCACUGAGUGGGCCCCGUGACCUGUACGCAUUCAAUUAUCCGCUGCACCUCAUUGACAAGCCGUGCUUGAACCGCGUCCGGUUGGCUGCCGACGGAACGCCGCACUGGCGCUACGACCGCGCUGUUACUGGCUACCAGUCGGUCGUGUAUCCGUUUGCCGACUGGAUGUUUUCCCGUGGCGUUCAAGCUAAGCAUUGGCUAGCCCCUUCCAACUACACGGCGCACCUGCGCCUGUUGCGCGUCGCGCUCGACGCAACCAAUGCUACCAUCCCGCCCGCGUUCCCAGAAGCCGGCGAUUAUCUCAAAGCGGAGCGAUUAGCGGGGCGAUUGACGAAUCAGGCCUUUGAUUAUUGCACCUUCCAUAAUGCCUACAGAGAAAUGAAGAAGCACCAGCCCCUAAUUCAAUUGAAUGGUGGCGCGAGCGCGCUCUGCCUGGGAGCCCCGACGCCGCGGGAACUGGCCGAAGGCGCCGUGAUCGAACUGGCGGAGGGCCCAGCCUUCGCGGCGGCCCUGUGACAGAGACGGAGCUGCGUCGGGUCAUGGCGCGGCGUGGCGUCGGCCCGCCCGACGACCUCGAGGAGCUUCGACGAAUUAGUAGCUUAACUAAGCUCGUUUAUUUGUA